AAAGAACGUGGUUAGCGGUUUAUUGUUACGGCAUUUAAAUAAUAUUCUUACAAGAUGAAAUAUAUUUUGGUGACAGGAGGUGUAAUAAGUGGUGUAGGUAAAGGAAUCAUAUCAAGUUCGUUUGGAACAAUCUUAAAAAGUUCGGGACUCGAAGUCACAUCAAUUAAAAUCGAUCCUUACCUGAACGAAGAUGCUGGUACUUUUUCACCUUAUGAACACGGCGAAGUCUAUGUAUUAGACGACGGGGGAGAAGUAGAUCUGGAUCUUGGCAAUUACGAAAGAUUUCUGGAUAUAAUUUUACAUAGGGAUAAUAACAUAACCACUGGUAAAGUCUAUAAAAAUGUUAUUGACGGAGAAAGGAAAGGCACAUAUUUAGGAAAGACAGUUCAGGUUGUCCCCCAUAUCACUGAUGCUAUUCAAGAAUGGGUUGAAAGAGUCGCAACGAUACCUGUUUCUUUGAAUGGCAAGAUACCAGAUGUUUGUAUUAUAGAGCUCGGUGGAACAAUUGGAGAUAUUGAGAGUAUGGCAUUUGUAGAAGCUUUCAGGCAAUUUCAAUUCAGAGUUAAAAGAGAUAAUAUAUGUAUUGCUCAUGUUAGUUUAGUUCCUCAGCCUCGUUCUACAGGUGAACACAAAACUAAACCUACACAGUCCUCUGUAAGAGAGCUAAGAGGUUUAGGAUUGUCUCCGGAUAUCAUUCUGUGUAGAUCAGAAAAACCAUUUGGGCAUAGUGUGAAAGAAAAAAUAUCAAAUUUCUGUCAUGUAAAUCCAGAACAAAUUCUAAGCAUUCCAGACUUAUCUUCAAUUUAUGAAGUACCUGUUUUAAUGCAAAACUAUGGCAUGAUUGAAUACCUGAAUGAAAGAUUAAAUCUUGGUAUUGAAUCAUUUUCAGAAAGUCACAGAAAUAUGAAGAAAUGGAGGAAUUUGGUGGAACGAAUCAAACAUUUGAAAUAUGAAGUUAAAAUUGUUAUUGUUGGGAAGUAUACUCAGUUAGAAGAUGCGUAUGCUUCACUUCUGAAAGCCUUACAACAUGCAAGUAAUCAUUUGGGCUAUAAAGCUUCUGUUCAAUUCAUAGAAGCUUCGGACUUGGAAAAGGAUACUUUAUUAACAAAUCCAGUAGCAUAUCAUGAUGCUUGGAGGAAUUUAUGCAAGGCAGAAUGUGUAGUGGUGCCAGGAGGUUUUGGUAAAAGAGGAGUUGAAGGAAAAAUUGAAGCAUGUAAAUGGUGCAGGGAAAAUAACAAACCUUUCCUUGGAAUUUGUCUAGGCUUCCAAACUGCUGUCAUUGAAUUCGCAAGAAAUGUUGCAAAAAUGGAAGGAGCUCAUACUACGGAAUGUGAAGUUCCUACAAGUUAUCCAGUAAUCAUUGACAUGCCAGAACACAAUCCUGGUCAAAUGGGUGCGACAAUGAGGUUAGGAAAACGAAUUACGGUUUUCAAACCAGAGUUCAAUUCAAAAUUGAGGUAUUUGUAUAAUUCUCAGGAGAAAAUAGAAGAACGUCAUCGCCACAGAUAUGAAGUAAAUCCUGAAUAUGUAGAACAAUUGGAAAAAUUAGGUCUUCAAUUCGUUGGUGUAGACACAGAUCAGAAACGUAUGGAGAUUUUAGAACUUAAGGAUCACCCAUACUAUGUUGCUGUCCAAUAUCAUCCCGAAUAUCUUUCCAGACCUAUGGCCCCAUCUCCCCCCUUUAUUGGCCUUAUUUUGGCAGCUAAAGAAAAAUUGACUUCACACAUUGUAAAUGGUCACAAACUGUCCCCACAAGCUCAGUCUGAUUAUUAUGAUUCAGAUGAAGAUUUAGAAAAUUUGGCAACUAAACUAAAUGUAAACGAAUCUGAAAGCCUGAUUCGAUGUCAGGGAUAACAAAAAUACUAUCAGUCAUCAAAUUAGUCCAUUAUUUCAAAAAUUAUAGAGUAUAAACUGAAAUUUGAGAAAUUUUCCUGAUCAGCCAUGAUACUGCCUAGAAAGUCCAGUACAGCUACAAAAAUCGAUUUUAUUUCAGGGGUUUAUAACUUCUAAUUUUCGAGUUAAAACGUUUCUUGUAGAGGCCUAACUUUUAUUGCCUUCUUCCAAACUUUCAAGUACCAAAUUUUGAAAACUACCGAGACCAGGAACAAAAUAGUAAACGGAAUUAGAAUCUACAUUUCCGCAUCUUCUGAAUUCGCACAAAUCGAAGUCGCUAAUUUUCCAUAAGUAGCUACAUAAAAAAAAAAAUUUUUCCUACAACUGCUAUGAAAAGUAGCGUAAUUUUAUAAAACG